AUGACAGGCCGACCUCCUCCUCCAGGGACCUGGCUCAGGGCGUCUGCGCCCAGCCGCCUCCUUCGGCUUCAAGCCCUGCUCGCUUCAGGUCUCGCCCAAGGCCGCGGCGGCCUCCGUCCCUCCUGCCUCUUCGCCUCUCUCCGUGGUCCUUGGCUUCCUCCGUUUCCCAGUUCACGUUCCGAAGAGCUGAAGCUUGAGAUUGGCUUUGCUUCUGCUUGCACUAUCUUUACAACCAACAGCACACAGGCUAAAUGCGAGCCCUUGGAUCCACCAUACAAAUGA